AAGGUAGAUCGAGGUGGGAGGAUCAAUCAAAACAAGAGAGCCGAAGACGGUUUGCAUUAUUAUUGAUCUUUUAAUAUUGUGAUCGGGAUAUAUAACUAAUGCUUUGCUUUAAAUAGCGUAUUCAUCAUGACUACUUUCAUGCAGAUGCUUUGUAAGAUUGGAUCUCCAAGACUAAACGUUUUCCGUCCUUGCUCGUCCUCGAAGGUCCAGAAAACACCAACCGCGCCAUGGCAAUGUACACGGUUCCGCACUUGCUCCAGUGCGGCAUCAAAAUCUUCAGAAACACCAUUCGUUCCUUUGGAAGGAGACGUUGAUACAGGACAUGUGGAUUUCCAAACUAAUUUUGUUCACAAUUAUCGGUUAAAUGAACAACUUCAGGAAAUUUUGGGCUUUGUGCAUGCUGGAGGUGGAGAGAAAUCAAUGAAAAAACACACAGAGUUGAACAAGAAAAUAUUUGUAAGAGACAGAUUAAGACUUCUUUUGGAUGACUACGAUAAUGAAUUCCUUGAACUCUCUUCUCUAGCUGGGUGGGAUAUGGAGUACGGGAGAAUUCCAGCUGCAAGCAACGUUUGUGGGAUUGGUAAAGUGAGGGGGACAUGGUGUACUGUGUCUGCAUCAGAUGCUACCAUCAAGGGAGGAACGAGCUAUCCUAUCACGGUGAAGAAGCAGCUCAGAAUGCAGGAGAUUUGUCAGCAGAAUUCCCUCCCUGCGAUCUACAUCAUCGACAGUGGCGGAGCAUUUCUACCGUUGCAGUCUGAGAUUUUUCCAGAUAAGAAUCAUGGUGGCAGGGUCUUCUACAAUGAAGCAAUCCUCUCAGCUCAAGGAAUAUCUCAGAUUGCAAUAGUGUGUGGUUCCUGCACCGCUGGUGGUGCAUAUGUACCCACCAUGGCAGAUGAGGCCAUCAUCAUGCACAAGAUCGGUACCAUCUUCCUGGCUGGACCACCAUUGGUCCAUGCAGCAACAGGUGAGAGGGUGUCGGCCGAGGAUCUCGGUGGAGCAACGUUACACUGCAGAGUAAGCGGAUGCACGGAUCACUUUGCAUCCACCGAGGAGGAGGGGUUCACCAUGGGAAGGGACUCCAUCUCUACCCUCAACGUCACCCCGCCCUCGGACCCCACCCAGUGGAAUGAACCUCUCUACAGCCAAGAUGAGCUGCUUGGGCUGGUCAGCAAGACAGGAGAGGUCAAAGGUCAAAUGAGAAAGAUUUUAGCAAGAUUAGUGGAUGGGAGCAGAUUCCAUGAGUUCAAAAAACUUUACGGACCUACUCUCAUUACCGGAUUUGCCUUUGUGAGGGGACACCUCGUGGGAAUCGCAGCAAACGACGGUGAGCUGUCCCACGAUGCCGCCACCAAGGGUGCGCACUUCGCGGAGCUUUGCCAGCAUCGUAACAUCCCCCUCAUCUUCCUGCAGUCCGUGUCCGAGGACGAGAGCUGGGCUGAGGGUAACCACGAGCUGAUGGGGGAGACCAUCAAGGCAAGGGCCAAGAUGGCCGCCGUGGUGGCCUGCAUGACGGUGCCCAAGAUCACGGUCAUGGUGGGAAGCAGCUAUGGCUCAAGUAGCUUCGCUAUGUGCAGUAGCUCUUUUGACCCUCGUUUUGUAUUCAUGUGGCCGAAUGCAAGAGUAGGACUCCAGAAUCCAGAAGAAAUGGCUGCACUUGCUGCACAGGAGUCUGGGAAGCCUGAAGAUGAAGAAACACUUAGAGAAAAAUUCCAGAAACAGUCUACUGCCGUCUUUGCCUCAAGCAGAAUGUGGAACGAUGGGGUCAUUGCACCACAAGAUACCAGAAAUGUUUUGAGCCAGUGCCUGAGCAUCCUCUCCCAACAAGCAUGCAACCAGCCUUUUGCCUAUCAGAACAGAGCUGUGCUUCGAAUGUGAUCCCUCAAGGUUCAGUCAUAGGACCCUCAUGCUGGUGUGUAUUCAUUGAAUCCAUUCCGAAACCUCACUAGAAUGCAUUGUGGUUUUACAUGUAUGAAACGCUCUGUUACUUUACCCAAGUGCUAAUCAAGUGCUGUUGAUUUGCUUGAGCGUUUCAAAAUUUCUGCUAGAGUAUCAAAGUGCUUACAUCAUAUUCACUCGCCGUCCACGUUACUGGCUCUUAACAACAGUGCCUGCACAAGAGGUUCACUGCAAAAUCCUUUAAGCAACAGGCUGGGGCAGCGCAAAUUCAGUGUUUUGUGCUGGUGGGAUCACCACACCAUUGUUUUGCACAAAGCUGUUUGGAACUAGCAACCUUGACAACUUGGCCAGUAUGACAUCACAUUUUGGUACUCUGUAUGCAAUUACUUAAUCUCUUGAAAUAAUGCCUUUCUGUGUGGACCUUUUUAGAUUUACAAAACGAAGUAGGCAAAGUAUGUGUGCUUCCACAAAAAGCCCUACAGUGUAUGUAACUUAUAUCACACACAUUUUGAAGUAUGCAUAGGGCAUCCAAUUCAGCAAGUGUCUAUAGUAUGCUAAUCCAAUCACAAUGUGUUUGCACCCUACCAUUAAGGCAUUGGCAGAGAGGAGCAAUGUAGAUCAAAUAUAAGUGCUGUGCAGGGACUUGAAUCCAACACCUUUGCAGUUCCUUUCAGGGGACAAAACCACUCUACCCCUAUGCAUCUCUACCUCCAAACAACGUAUAAUAGAGAUGGUGUGCACUUUAGAAAUUGUGGGUCAUUUGAUACUGAAAAGGAAUAACCAAUAGAGCUAAAAAUCAGAAUAUCUAUAGUCUUACUGCCAUUUUAUCACCAAGAAAGUAUUUCCUUAUUUCGUAAUUCACUUAAACCUGAUGCAACCCCUAAGUCCUUUUCUACAAAGGGAAACUUAAACGUCGGUCUAAUAUCUUUUGUUCAAACCAUCUGUAGAUGGAGCCUAAACCCAGUGUUGGAUUUUAAGUUCUUAUGUAGACGGAGUACAGACCAUUCGGUUUCGGAACCACUGAGAGGACACCAGAGAAUGAAGUUUUAAAAAAACAAUUGUUUCAAUAUUUUACAGCAUUGAAUAAUAGUCAUGUGUCGUUUUCCUCAUGACCGAAACAAUUUGUUUUUUAAUAAUUUUUUUCUGUACUUAUGCUUUAUUUUUCAUGUUGAAAAUGGCGAUAUCUUAUGCAGUUGACUUUGCAUGUACAAUUGAAUUAUGGUAAGUGGCCUUGGCGAAAUAGGAACUGUUGCUGUCAUGUACAUUCUAAUUUCAAAGUGGAAUGACAAAACACUUGAUAUAACUCUAUACAUUUAUAAUCUUUUGUCUCAUAUUAAUAAAAAUGGACCAAAUUAAAGCUGGUUCAAUUUUGUCUCUGGAAAGUUCAUAUUUGAAAAUUGAUAUGCUUAACAUGUGUUAGUGGGCACUUGUGAAGUGACAUGUAACAUAAACAAAUAAUAGUGAUUUCAGUUUCAGGAAAAGUACAAAUAUUUGGAAAAAACAAUGCAACUUGUACCAUUUAUUAGUCUAUGGAAUCAAAAUUUUCAACUUGAUUCUGAGAAAUUGUUGAUAGUUUUUACUUUUGAGGUGGCGGGACAUAUGAGUAUAAUGACUUUUAAUUGACGUGGGUGUCAGGCGGUCAGUUUCCUUGGACCACUUAUUUUAAAUAUUCUACUUAAACUGUGAUUUAAAACUUGAUUUAAAGACUGUAUCAUGUUAAUAUGCAUCAUCAUAUUCGGGUCUUAUUCAGUAAAUGCAUUGUAGUUUAUUGCAUGACAUUUUAUGAAUCAUUACAAGAUUAGCAGUGCAUACUAAAUAACUAUGUGUACUUGCUAUGUGUAAAAAGGUGCUGGCAAGAUGAAUGAAAAAUUCAUAUUUAAUUAUAUUUGCAUUAUAAUUGCACAGUGUUAAUUAGAUUAUGAAAUGAAAUGACCAAAGGAAACAAUCCACUCUAAUGAGGGCAUAUUUCAUGUAAAUAAUAAGUAUUGUAAUAAAUUCAGGGUAUGCGUGUGUGAAUUAUGAUAUAUUGUAAAUAUCUGAAUUAUUUGAUUCUUUGCCCGUUUUCUAACUGCCCUAUCUGUUAAACAGACAUAGAUAUUGGCAAUUAAGGUUUGUACCAUACUUAAAAUUAAUUAAUUGGAAAUUUGUAUUGUACUGGUCUGGUACAUUGAUUACCAUUCAACACAUUAAACAAAAAUUCCAUGACAUCUAAGAAUGAUAUUCGAAUUGUAAUUAUUUGAUGUAUUUGUGAGUUUAAAUGGGAAUAUAAAACUUUGCAAUGAAACAACUGUA